AUGUCGACCAAGCCAACAAUCCUCUUAGUCCACGGCGGCUGGCAAUCCCCCUCCGUCUGGACGUUCGUGAUGCCGCUUCUCGAGAAGGCCGGCUACUCCGUCUGCCCAGUCCUUCUCAAAUCGCCAGGCAUGGCACCCGCCGCGUUCGACUUCUCCUGCGAUGUGGAUGCCAUCAGAAGCAGCGUCGAGGCUGUCCUGGAGUGUGGCAAGGAUGCUGUCGUGGUUAUGCACUCGUAUGCUGCAAUUGCCGGGUGCGAGGCGCUGAAAACGUUCCAUGCUGAGAUGAAGGGUUAUGCCCAUGGUGGAGAUGGUGGUGAUGGCUGGGUUACAUCUGACUCCAGUGCUGUGAAAAAGGAUCUAGACACAAAACAUGCACACAGGGGUGAUGGUGAUAGUGAUGCUGUAGUGCCUGCGAAGUACAUCUCACGCCGUGGCAGGAUUGUGUAUCUUGCAUUCAUUGUUGGAAUGGUUAUGCCGGUGGGGAAGGGCCUGUGGACACCUGAGCGCACAGAAUGGGAUGGCUUUGAAUUGAAGGACGAACUCAUCCGCAUCCUCGACGGGCCCCGCCGCUUCUACAACGACCUCCCGGCCUCCGCCCAGAAAUACUGGUCCGGCAAGCUAAAACUCCAACCACGCCCCGUUUUCUUCUCCCCACUCACUUACCCCGCCUACCGCCACUACCCUUGCUCAUAUCUCAUGUGCAAGCUUGACGGCGCGGUUCCCUUCAAGGUGCAGACGCGCAUGGCGUUUGGGGCGGGGAUUGCGCGCGAACGGAUCGAGGUCUUGGAGGACGCAGGGCAUUUGCCGAUGAUCAGUCAGCCAGCGAAGGUGGCGGGAUUUAUUCGGCGGGCGGCGGGCGAGGGAGUCGCGGUUGCGGAGAGUCGACUAUGA